AUGCAGUCCAUUCGAGAUCUGAAGCCCAACUUCAGCGGUCCACCUCCGUCUUCCAUGACCGGAGGGCCCGAUGCAUACCUGCAGGGCAGCAUCAGGAUGACUCUGGAGGAUCCUGACUUGUGGAAGGCCUUCCACGAAAUAGGAACAGAAAUGAUCAUCACCAAACCCGGCAGGAGGAUGUUCCCACACUGUAAAAUUAACCUGUCUGGCCUGGUCCCAUGUGCAAAGUACAUCUUGCUGGUCGACAUGGUACCUGAGGAUGGCUUUCGGUAUAAGUGGAAUAAAGAGAAAUGGGAGGUGGCGGGAAAAGCGGAGCCCCAGCCUCCCUGCAGGACCUACCUCCACCCAGACUCUCCAGCCCCAGGGAGCCACUGGAUGAAGCAGUCCGUCUCCUUCCUGAAGCUCAAGCUCACCAACAAUACCCUAGACCAGCAUGGCCAUAUCAUUUUGCACUCCAUGCACCGCUACCAUCCACGCUUCCACAUCAUCCAGGCGGAUGAUCUGUUCAGCGUUCGCUGGAGCGUCUUCCAAACCUUCACCUUCCCCGAGACCUCCUUCACAGCGGUCACAGCCUACCAGAACACCAAGAUAACGAAGCUGAAGAUCGACCACAACCCGUUUGCGAAAGGUUUCCGCGAUGAGGGGACCAAUACAAAAAGGCGUGCAAACAAGAACCCAGCCAGCCAAGACAAGAGAGCCAGAACGACAGGAAUCCUAAACAGAGAGUCUGAGGAGGACAGUCCCCCAGACUUCUGUCGGACAUCGUACGAGGGAUACGAAGGGGAGGAAAGAGACCUUCCGAAAAGGAAAGAGGUUGACGGAGUCAAGGAGGAGCGCUACUCCCCCUGGGCUGCAGAGAGAGAGCACGGAGGCCGGACCGAAUCGCCCGCCGGGGCAGAGAACAGGGACAUAUACAACACAGAGCAGCUUGUUCCAGCCCCGGCUUCAUACCAACCUUACAGGUUCCACGAAUAUGGGAAGUCGCCGUCUCCUUCCUCCAGCGUAGGGAGCGGUAACGGAGGAUCGGGACGCACCAGCUUUGAGUCGAGGGUCCCGGAUGUCGCCACUGUCCCGGAUCACGAGUCGUCCAAGUCCCGCACGCAGGACACCGGGCCUCCUCCCUGUGGCCCCCAGCCGCUUCCGGGCCACCAGGACUACACCGGGGUGCUCAACAUGACCAUGGCCCAGGCCAGCAAGCCGGGGGUCCUUGGCCAUCACAUCUACAGCCCCUACAGCGCUGAGCAGCCUCUGGGCCAGUGGAGCGGCCCCAGCCCCGCUCAGUAUCCUCCUCCCCCUCCUCCUCCUCCCCCUCCUCCUCCUCACCACCUGACCAGUGACUACACCACGCAAGCAAUGCACCACGGCUACCACCACGGCAACGUGGCUGAGUGGAGCCAGUACCCGCUCUUCUCCUACUCCUGCUGGUGA